CGGUUCCUUCUCUCUGCGGGAGUACAGCAGGAGGGUCUGUGUAGAAGAUAUCACUGGAGCAUUUGGAUGAUGUGAGAGCUGGGAUGCCGUGAUGUCGACUCUCUGCCCGCCUCCAUCUCCAGCUGUUGCCAAGACAGAGAUCGCUUUAAGUGGUGAAUCACCUUUAUUAGCAGCCACCUUUGCUUACUGGGACAAUAUUCUUGGUCCUAGAGUAAGGCAUAUUUGGGCUCCAAAGACAGAACAAGGACUUCUCAGUGAUGGAGAAAUAACUUUUCUUGCCAACCACACUCUGAAUGGAGAAAUUCUUCGCAAUGCAGAAAGUGGGGCUAUAGAUGUAAAGUUUUUUGUCUUGUCUGAAAAAGGAGUAAUUAUUGUUUCAUUAAUCUUUGAUGGAAACUGGAAUGGAGACCGGAGUACAUAUGGACUGUCGAUUAUACUUCCACAGACAGAACUUAGUUUCUACCUUCCGCUUCACAGAGUGUGUGUUGAUAGAUUAACACAUAUUAUUCGGAAAGGAAGAAUAUGGAUGCAUAAGGAAAGGCAAGAAAAUGUCCAGAAGAUUGUCUUAGAAGGCACAGAGAGAAUGGAAGAUCAGGGUCAGAGUAUUAUUCCCAUGCUUACUGGGGAGGUCAUUCCUGUAAUGGAACUGCUUUCAUCUAUGAAAUCACACAGUGUUCCUGAAGAAAUAGAUAUAGCUGAUACAGUACUCAAUGAUGACGAUAUUGGUGACAGUUGUCAUGAAGGCUUUCUUCUCAAUGCUAUCAGCUCACACCUGCAGACCUGUGGCUGCUCUAUUGUAGUAGGUAGCAGUGCAGAGAAAGUAAAUAAGAUAGUGAGAACAUUAUGCCUUUUUCUGACACCAGCAGAGAGGAAAUGCUCCAGAUUAUGUGAAACAGAAUCAUCAUUUAAAUAUGAGUCAGGGCUCUUUGUACAAGGCCUGCUAAAGGAUUCCACUGGCAGCUUUGUUCUCCCCUUCCGACAAGUCAUGUAUGCCCCCUAUCCCACCACGCACAUCGAUGUGGAUGUCAAUACCGUCAGGCAGAUGCCACCCUGUCACGAACAUAUUUUUAAUCAGCGUAGAUACAUGAGAUCAGAGCUGACAGCAUUCUGGAGAGCUACUUCAGAAGAGGACGUGGCUCAGGACACCAUCAUCUACACAGACGAUAGCUUCACUCCUGACUUGAAUAUUUUCCAAGAUGUUCUGCACAGAGACACUUUAGUAAAAGCCUUCUUAGAUCAGGUCUUCCAUUUGAAGCCUGGUUUAUCUCUCAGGAGUACUUUCCUUGCACAGUUUUUGCUUGUCCUUCACAGAAAAGCCUUGACACUAAUAAAAUAUAUAGAAGAUGAUACGCAGAAAGGGAAAAAGCCCUUUAAAUCUCUUCGCAACCUGAAGAUAGACCUUGAUUUAACAGCAGAGGGCGAUCUUAACAUAAUAAUGGCACUAGCUGAGAAAAUUAAACCAGGCCUACACUGUUUUAUCUUCGGAAGACCUUUCUACACCAGUGUACAAGAACGGGAUGUUCUAAUGACUUUUUAAGUGUGUGAUUUGCUAAGUGAAUUUCAUCACAAUCAUGAUUGCUGGUAAAGUAGUUCAGUGGGGUGAGAAACCUAGUUUUCCCCAGGUCAUUCCUGAAUCCUACUCAGCAACUACAGUCAGUUAGAUACACUACAGUCGGUUAUCACAGGGUCUGUAAGGGAUGUCAGGUGCAUCAUCACAUUGAAUGUCUCUUUUCCUAGAUAUAUUCUCUUGGGGACUCAUGUUUACAAUUGUAAUACACAGUAUUGUUGUCUGUUAAAGUUACAACAAUAGAAUACAUUUGACCACAACUACUGUUUUUUUUUUCAAAUAUAUUAUUCAUGGUUUACAUAUAUCAGAAUGAAACCUGAGUUAGCUUUACAGAUAUAAUACUAGUUGACUUUCCAUUUGCUGGUGUUCUAUGGUAUAUAAUGUUACUGUAAUACUUUUUCAGUCAGUGGGAAAUGAGAGCAUUUAAAUUUUUCAUUCUGCAAAAAUGAAGUUAGAGUGAAUGCAUGUUAAGUUUUAGGAAGAAGACAGUGAUCAAGAAGAAUUUUAAUUAGAAUUAUUAGACCCUACUUUAUUGACUUAGCCAUUAGGAUUGAGGCUGUGUAGAAAUGUUAAAUAAUUGCGUGUAAUCCCUGACUAGGAUGUGUAGUUUGUGUUUAUUAUUAUUGUUAUCACUAUUCCAUAUAGUUGAGCUCUAUCCAAAAAGAUACAGGAAAAUAGAGUUUGUUUACUAGCUGUUACCUAUAACUAACUAAAGUUGAAAUUCAUUUUCAUUAUUUUUGAGCCAAACUGAAAUGUGCCUUUUUUCCCCCUUGGAAAAUAUAAUUUCUUGGAAGAAGUUCAGAUUCCACUCGUCAAUCAUUUCCAUCUUGUUCACCAUGUACACGCUCUGGCAGUCCUUGUAGCUCUGAGAUUAUAAAAUACAUGAGAGGAUAUGUUAGCUACUAAGAUCUUUCCCCCAGUUUCUUGUCUUCUCCCUCUCAUAUCUGCCCAUAUUUUUUAAGCCAUUGCCAUGUUGCCUACAUCACAUAAGAACAGCAGUAGAAACUUUUACUGGAGUGCUAUUUUCUAGGUGCUAUUUUGGCAGAACUAUUUUAGUCUAUUUAUUUUGUUGGACCAUUUUGCUGGCUAUAAAGUAACUGACAUAUUUCUAUGCUAUAGCAAUGUUUGGUGUAGGAAUAUACACAAACAUAUUUUUAUUUAAAAUUGUGAAAGUAACAAGAAAGGGAAAACAUACUUAUAAGAAAGGGAUGA